GGGACAUUUAAUUGAAGUUGCACGCUCUCAUGAAUGAUUGUCAAAAUAGCCCUUGGAGCCCCCAAACAAAACGGAUAACGGUUACACAGUUAUGCUACGAAAACCACAAGAGAAAAAUAUAAGAAUAGUCGCUCUUGUAUUGCUCCUGUCAGACUCCAGUGAACCUCCAGCACCAGAAUCCAUUAAGAUAAAAGGUUCAAUUCCAUUAGAAACGAAGACCGGGGACGCUUUUAUUGCUAAGGAGUUUAAUAUUAGUGAUUUCAAAGGUGAUGAAAUAGAAAUACUCCUUAGAAAGUUUAAGGAAAACAGAAGAAAAAAAAGAGAAGCUGUUCAGGUUGAUGCAUUGAAGCCGAAGGUUAAAUAUAGAGCAACACAAAUGAAUACCGAUGAGUUUGGGAAUCGCACCUGGUCAUACUGGAGUGAAGAAUUUGGUGCUUUCACAGCUCCUAGUGGACCGCCGCUGAAUGUCACCUUCAUAUCUCGUAGCAAGAGCUCGCUGGGAAUUUCGUGGAAAGCUCCAGUUGAAAGUACACGAAAAAGUAAAUUGACAGGAUAUCGAGUUUGUUUCUUUACAAAUGAUACGUCUCCAGAAUGCCUCAUCCUUAAAAGCCCUAAAGUUUUUUCCCUUGCUCUCAAAAAUCUUCGACCUUCCACGAAAUACUUCGUAACAGUUUCGGCCAGCACAGAACACGGUUACGGAGAGAAGAGUCCGGAAGUCAGUAAAAUAACCAAUAAAGGGCCCGUCAAUCUAAUCGCAACCUCGUUUUAUACUAUGACUGUAAACAUACCAAAACAACAGGAAUACAUAAAGUUUUUUGAAAGUCAAGAUUCAUACUACUCGACAGAGUGGAGUGAUAGUAUUUACACAAUAACAAAACAUUCAGAUGGCAAUAAAGAACCUAAGAUUGGCAACAAAUAUGUGAAUGAAGGGAACAGUGUAUACGAGACUCCAGAUGAUGUUAUUGAAAAAAUUGAGCGAAAUGAGGGUGCAUGUGGGAUGGCCAAAGGACAUGAAUCAUCGGAUUACAUGUCGUUAAAAGACAAAAGAGAACCAACAAACGUUUAUCAGGCAUUGCAACCCCAUGGCACGAAUGAUGGUCAAAGUCAUUCUAAGGUGGGUGGUCAAACUUCUGUGGAAUACCAAAAUCCUGUCUUCAGCGCAGAUCCCAAUGCUGCAUGA